UGCGAGUUCACAAUCUUCAACUUUUAUCGCAAUCGAAAUCAUCAACUCCAUCCAUUUCUUCGGUCAAAAAUGCUUCUCUUAGUCUUUCUUCUACUCUUAACGCUCUACCUCUGCAUCAGGCUUUUUGUUAGUCGAAAAUCUGAUAGUUUAACAUGUUUAGUCGGUAAAACAGCCUUGGUAACUGGUGGAAACUCAGGGUUGGGAUAUGCCACGAGUGCCCUCCUAGCCUCUAGGGGUUGCAGAGUGAUCAUAGCAGAUCGCGACAAUGCUGAAAGAACUGUUGAAGAAAUCAAACGAAAGACUGGCAACGAUCAGAUCUCCUACAAGUACCUGGACCUCUCUUCACUCAAAUUAACCAGGGAAUUCGCGAAUGUUCUGAAAAAAACCGAAAAGAAGAUCGACAUACUGAUCAAUAAUGCUGGCAUUGGAGUUGGAGCUAAAUUGGCUACCGAAGAUGGCUUGAACACUGUUAUGCAGGUCAAUUAUUUCGGUGCAUUCCUGCUGACACAUCUCCUGCUAGAUCUCCUGAAAGCCUCCGAUUCUGCGAGGAUCAUGUUCCUGGGAUCGAUCUCCAUAUUCAGCAACAACCUCACCAUGGAAAAUUUCAAUCUGAUAAAAAAGGAUGGAACCACGACCCUCAAGGAUCUGUACAGCAAUUCGAAAUUGUGCGACGUACUGGCAGCUCAGGAAUUCGCUAAAAAACUCAAGAAAUACGGUAUUAGAGCCAAUUCGGUCGAUCCAGGUGCUGUGAAAACCGACAUUUUCCGAAGGGCUUCUGUUAUAGCUAAAAGUCGGUUCUUCGACACGGUCACGGGGGUUGUGUUGUCGAUUUGUGGAACAGAUUCUUUCGGAGGAGCACAGACAAUAUUCCAUGUGGUUACAAGCGAUGAACUAAGAGAUCAAACAGGACAGCAUUUCAGCUACCUCCUGCGCUUUUUCAAACCGUCAAUUCUCAAGGAUCAGAAAUUUUGCGAUGAGAUAUGGAAAAGGACUGAAGAAUUGGUGAAGCUGUCUCCUGAAGAGAGGAUUAGUUGAAAAUAGUGAUUGAACCUAACAAAACGUCAGCACUGAUAUUCAACUCAGGCCUAGUGAAGUCUGAGCACCUACCUCAAAAAAAUUCUGUUCAAAAGGACCCUAAGAAUAAACGAUACAGUACGAAGAAA